UUGCAAUACCUGUCAUAAGUCUCAAAGUGCCGUUAUAAAAACUUGAAAAUAAUUACCUUUUUUCAAGGUAAUACCAAUGAGAAGCUUCCAAGUGCCAAAAUAGAGUUAAAUGUUGAUCCCCUUACUUUCAGGCAGAAGUCACACAUCGUAACCGUAAAAUAUCGAAAUUGCUCAUAGAAAAUUAAAUACAUAAGAAAAAAAGCGUCACAGUGCACCGAUAAAAUAACGAGAUAAAAUAAGAAAACAUCUCCACCACUAAGCAAGAUGGCCGCCGCGCAAGUGGUAAUGUCGCCCGUUUGUCGGAGCGAGACACCCUUUUUCCGCCCUGGUGGCGACUUUAGCAAGGGUGGCGACUCGCCCAGCCUGGAGCGCUCGAUCCGCCGCGUGAUGGCCAAGUACGGUGCCGCGGACCUGGACGACGCGGCGCUGCUGCCGUCCUACCGCUGCCUCCGUCGACGCAGCCCUCAGGAGGACGACCAAGCAAUCGCUGUCACUACCGAGGAGAACUGCUACAAGAUUCUGGUGGACGUGAAGGACUUCAGCGCAGGUUCGGUGACGGUGAAGGCGGUUGGCGGCAACGAGAUCAUCAUCCAAGGGGUCGUCGAGCAGAAAUCCUCCUCUUCCUCAUCGGGCCCCACGUCUUCACCAUCUGGCCUAACGUCCUCCUCCUCGGGCCCCACGUCCUACACUACCAGAACCGAGAGCAGCUCGAGAAGGUUCGAACAGCGCCUCAUGUUCCAGGAUCUCCAGACUGAGGGCCUCACGUCCUCCGUGUCUCCUGACGGCGUCCUAACCGUCAUUGCCCCAAGGAAGCGCAACACUACCGCCGCCAUUGAGGGAACUUCGGCGAGCAAUCAAGAACAACUGCAACAGCAGAAACAGGUGCAACAACUGCUGCAGCAAAAACAUGUGCAGCAACACCACGAACAACAACUGCUACAACAAACACAGGCUCAACAACACCAAGAACAACAACUUGAGCAACAACAGAAGCAGGCAAGUGAUGCAGGCCGGGAACACAUCGUUCCUAUCGAAGUCGAGGGACAAACAUCGACCACAAAUCUAAGCCAUAUUUUAGCACCAUCCGCCAGCGUGCAAACAUCGGGCAUUUCCAAACAUUCAACCACCACCAGCCAAUCUCAGACGACGUCUCACGAUAACUCCACCAUCUUGGAAAAACGCAUGACAAACGUGCCAAUAAACGUCGGAGGUUUUGGCAACUCCUUGAUUCCUAUCACUCCACGUGGGUCGUUCUUCAAGGACUCCUUCUUUGACACCUCACGUAGUCACUUCGAGCGAGCCGUGGACAGCGUCUUCAGGAGGCUGGCGUCGCCCCCAGGGAUCCAAGACCCCCUCAACUGGUACACCCAACAAAGGUCCAGCCUCCUGCAAGAUGACUGCCGAGCCGCUGUUGUCACGUCUGAAGGGAAUGCUUAUAAAAUCGUGCUGGACGUGAAGAACUUUGAAGAAGGCACCGUCAACAUCAGGGCUGUGGGAGACAGCGAGCUCCUGGUAGAGGCAAGUGUGGACAAAACGACGGGGACCUCAACGACCAAGCGACGCUACAGGCAGCGCUUCGUCACCCCGGGACCUGUGGUCUCUGAAGCCGUCACUUCUGCACUGUCCGAAGACGGCGUCCUCACCAUCACAGCUCCGAAGAAGGAAGCCACUUUCCAAAUUACUGAACUUAGCAGCACCGCCGGAAGCCAACGCGACACAUCCGUCCUGUCUACUUCAGGCUCUACUCUCGGUGAUGUCAGUAUUGCAGCAUCCACUGUGACGUCACCGACCCCGACAGACAUGACAGGGCCAUUUGAACCUGUGUUUUCCAAAAUUACUGAGGAUAAAAAUAGCACAAGCAGCAAGAUGGAGACGAUGAAUGCAAACCGACAAUCCUACACCCAGCAAUCCAGUACUCAGACCCAGACUUGUGCGGAAUUGAGAGAGCGAGAUGUUUCCUGCACUUCUGAUAUCUCGAACGUCUCUUCCAUGCACACGGGAGAUACGUCUAACCAUGAAAAGCUUGUUAAAAUUAAUUAUAUCGACCAAAAUCAAAGUGAAAUCGACGAAGCAAAUCGCAGAGUAGUUCCAAAUCAGUUCCAGCUGAUCGGUGAUGUAAAAGAUCUCACUGACUACAACGUCAAAGAGUCACUCAAGCAACGCAAGAGUUCUUCUAACACCAGCCAAAGUCUAAACAAACUAAUUAGCUACGAAAAUCCAAGCAUCUUUGAGUUUCCAAUCAUACGUCGUGGGCCUUUCUACCAAGAUUCAUUUUUCAGCACGGUCCACGACCACUUCCAAUCUGCUGUUCGACAGGUCCUUGAUCGCUGGGUGGAAGUACCUUCGCUACUUUUCGAUGGUUCUCGGAACGUGUCUCGAAUGGGUGAUUUUGGCCGGUUCCAUAAAACAUUUUCCAACUACAGGAGUAUAUUAGAUGAUGACAUAUUUGACGACUUCGCGUGCUACAAAAGUCUGCGGCACCUUAACGUUAAACAGGAGAACCAAGCCGCAACAGUCCGAGAAACAGAGAACGAUUUCAAGAUCGUGCUGGACGUGCACGGCUUCACUGAGCACGACAUCACGAUUCGUGCGACCGCCCACAACGAGCUCGUCGUGGAGGGGAAGGUCGAGGAAAAGACCCACGGGUCUGUGAGAAGUUCGAGCUUCAGACGACAGUUCCUGCUGCCUAGUCCCAUUAAGCUGGAGGCGGUCUACUCUGCCCUCUCUGCAGACGACAUCCUCACCAUCACCGUGCCCAAGAACAAAGCCCUCAGCAUCACCCAUGUCACCCAGUAACUACACCACGUUUUCAUCAACCAAUAACUACACCAUGCAUUUCAUCACCCAGUAAUAGCACCACGAGAUACACCAUCCAGCCAGGACUCAGAUAUCAGUUUUCUUUAGCAAAUUGCGUUGAAGCAACAUUUAUUGCUGGUUGAUUUAACCGAAACAACGCUCAGUCGAGGUUGAUUCAACGUCAUAGACCUGAUGGGUGAUCAACUGACACCGUCAUGACCUGAAGAUCAACAGAUGCCAUGUACCCAAAGUUUGUUUAGGGACACCAACCAGAGGUCAUGCUGCAAGCACCACCCUUGACAGCAACCAAGCGCCGCCCAUCUGCGACACCGAGAAAUUAACUGAGCUUCCCGAGGUUCAAACCCACGGCUAUAGCUCCUCUCAUCUUGGUUCCGCUACCACUGUGCUAUAUUGUUCUUAUAAAUACAAUUUAUUAUACAGCUACGCAUGUGCAGCAUGCUCGAGUAUUUUACUUAUGGUUUCGAUUUGGGAAGGAACUAUAAGGUGUCCGUGUACGUGUGGUUACUACAUAUGUAGAUAAUAAUCUUGUUUACAUGUCUUCAUAGUGAAUCGAUUGUUUAUUCCUGCCUGAUAAUAAUGAAACUUAUCUCACGUUAAUGAUUUACGAUUAUUUCUCUAAUAUAUAUAAAUUAAUUCUGAUAGGUUUAAUCUUUUUUUAAAUUGUGAACAUUUCGUUGAUAGAAAUAAGGAGUGUAACAUUCAACCGAGUUCAGCUAAGUAUUAUUCCUGGUCCUCUCUUCUUAACAAGCAAAUCAGAAACAGUUUCUAAUCAUAAUAAAGGUCGUGAAAACGUUUCUCUUUGCCUCAACAACUUCAGCAUGACGUCAAAUGUUGUCUUGUCGCUGCAUACUGUUUAGUUGUCAAUAGUUAUUGGCUUACUAAAUAUUUUCCUGCAGCAAAAAAUAAAGGAAUUCAAAACUGAGUAUAUAGCGAUUUAAGUACUCCUUAAUACUAAUAUUGAAAAUCGUGCAUAUCGAUAAAUGUUUUUUUUUUUUAUAAUGACAAUAUCCAGCACCAACAGAGUUACAGCUUUUAUUAUGCUUACCAGCAGAGCUGGGCAGCGCUAUUUUGAAAUGUAGCGGCCGCUACCGCUACCGU